CUACAGUCACACGUGGUACGGUUGCCUAGGCUUCAUUUUGGCUCAUAUCACCCCUCAUAGCGCACAUUUUCAGGUGACGGCUAUGCAAAAAGUCUACAGCUUGGUGCACGCGAAGGAACUGCGCAGGCAACCAGCCGUUUUAUGACAGCAAUUGCUACACUAGUUUGUAAAGAUAAAAUGACCAACUGAUAUACCAAAUGGUUUCUUCAGCUGCACAAAUAAUUCCCUCUUCCUCAAAAUACCGAAUAGUUGGCAGCAACACUAAUUCUGUAGCUAACUAGCUACUACCACGUUCUAACUAAUUUGUUGCACGUUUUCAUUAUUUAUCGGAAUGUCGGACACUUUAGGGGACGGAAAGUUGGAGCUGAAACAAGCCAGCAAAGAAGUAAAGGAGAGCGAGAACGUGGCGGAAAAAUACACAGCCAUGACAGUGAGCAAGAACAGCGAAAUUGUCAUGGGUGAACUGUCAGUGUCGUCCGCUGCGUUUAGUGCGGUCCCUGCUCACAAACCUGUCAAAAAGCAAAUCCAGUUUGUGGAAGACAAGCAAGAGUUCAGCAGGUUUCCUACCAAGGCAGGACGACGCUCCCUGUCUCGAUCGAUCUCUCAGUCAUCCACCGACAGCUACAGUUCAGCUGCAUCCUACACGGACAGCUCUGACGAUGAAACUUCACCACGGGACAAAACACAGCUCAAUUCCAAGGGCACCAACGACUUCUGUGUGAAGAACAUCAAACAGGCCGAAUUUGGUCGCCGCGAGAUUGAGAUUGCAGAACAAGAUAUGUCAGCAUUAAUCUCGCUCAGGAAGAGAGCCCAGGGAGAGAAGCCACUUGCUGGGGCUAAAAUCGUUGGCUGCACUCACAUCACCGCCCAGACUGCAGUGUUGAUUGAGACUCUGGUGGCACUGGGGGCCCAGUGUCGCUGGACAGCCUGUAACAUCUACUCCACACAGAAUGAGGUGGCAGCUGCCCUCUCAGAGAUCGGUGUGGCUGUUUUCGCCUGGAAGGGGGAAUCGGAGGAUGACUUCUGGUGGUGUAUCAACAAGUGCAUCAACAUGGAGGGGUGGCAGCCUAACAUGAUCCUUGAUGACGGAGGGGACUUGACUCACUGGGUGUAUAAGAAAUACCCCAACAGCUUCAAGAAGAUCAGGGGCAUUGUGGAGGAGAGUGUGACUGGGGUCCACAGGUUGUACCAGCUGUCCAAAGCAGGCAAGCUGUGUGUGCCAGCCAUGAAUGUAAAUGACUCUGUGACAAAGCAGAAGUUUGACAACCUCUACUGCUGCAGAGAGUCUAUCUUGGAUGGCCUGAAGAGGACCACAGACGUGAUGUUUGGAGGAAAGCAGGUGGUUGUCUGUGGUUAUGGAGAGGUUGGGAAAGGUUGCACUGCCGCACUGAAAGCCAUGGGAUCCAUUGUCUACGUCACAGAGAUUGAUCCCAUUUGCUCCCUGCAGGCCUGCAUGGAUGGCUUCAGGGUGGUCAAGCUUAAUGAGGUCAUCCGUCAGGUGGACAUCAUCAUCACAUGCACUGGGAAUAAGAACGUGGUGACCAGGGACCAGCUGGACCGUAUGAAGAACGGCUCCAUCGUGUGCAACAUGGGACACUCCAACACUGAGAUUGACGUGGCGAGCCUGCGGACCCCAGAGUUGACCUGGGAGAGAGUGCGCUCUCAGGUGGACCAUGUCAUCUGGCCUGAUGGCAAGAGAGUCAUCCUGCUGGCCGAGGGUCGUCUUCUGAACCUCAGCUGCUCCACAGUUCCUACCUUCGUCCUGUCAAUCACAGCCACGACCCAGGCUCUGGCUCUUAUUGAGCUGUACAAUGCUCCAGAGGGCCGCUACAAACAGGAUGUCUACUUGCUUCCCAAGAAGAUGGAUGAGUAUGUUGCAAGCCUGCACCUGCCCACCUUUGAUGCCCACCUAACGGAGCUCUCAGAUGAGCAGGCCAAGUACCUGGGCCUCAACAAGAAUGGCCCAUUCAAACCCAACUACUACAGGUAUUAGCUUGCAUGAACGGACCACAACUCUGCACUCCUUGACUUGGACAAGGCCUGGAUGACCAGAAGAUAAUGAAAUAUAUAUUUCGUUUUUUUAGAGACACUUCACUUAAAAAAUAAAAAGUUUCAAAUUAAGCUCCUAUUCCUUCAUUUUCUACAGUAGGUGUUACCCUGUUUCACUUGCUGUUUUGUGUGUUUAGUUUCACCAUUAGUUCUGUAAAUACACACUCUAAGAAACCAACAUACAGGACCCCACUGGUCAUCAAUGACCAAUUGAAAGUACAACACCUAAACUCUGCUGUGUGCUUGAGAUAUAUAUACACAUCUGAUUUCAUUCCCACUCUCCAGUAGAAUAGACAUUUUUCUGAUGUUUUAUUUGUAGUUUUAUAGAUCUUUAUUAUUGUGCCAAUUGAUUGUGUAGGGAAGGGGAUUGUUGUAAUUGAGAUUUAUAUUUUCUGUCUGCAUUGAUGUCGCUCUUCUCAAAUAAUUACAUUCCAGCCAAGGGAACAGGGAGAAAUGGCCUCCACACUAGAAAGACUCAACCUCAAUGUUCCAUUUAAAGACAUUGUCACGUUUCCUGCUGGACCAUGUGUAUACCCAUAUAGAUGUUACCUACCAGCUUGUCAUUUUACUGAUCUCUAUCUCUCUUCCUCUGAAACAGAACUGAGGUUUGAUUGAAAAUAUGAGUACCUGUACUGACUGUACUGUAUUGGGGCAGCAGGUAGCCUAGUGGUUAGAGCGUUGGGCCAGUAACCGAACGGUUGAUAGAUCAAAUCCCCGAGCGGACAAGGUAAAAAUCUGUCGUUCUGCCCCUGAACAAGGCAGUUAACCCACUGUUCCUAGGCCGUCAUUGUAAAUAAGAAUUUGUUCUUAACUGGCUUAAAUAGAUUUUUUAAAUAGACUAAAGGGCAGACGAACUAUACAAAGAAAAUCAUAUACUGUAUAUGUGUGCAUGUACAGUACAGAAAUGCAAUUAUCUUCACUAACAACAUUUAGAAGUGUAAGAUACAGAAAGGUAUGUGUAACCAGAAGAGUGACGAUCCAAUCUGGCACUGGUUUUGAUUGAGUCUCACAUGGUAAUAUGGUAAUAACACUGGAAUGUUUUGCAUUGUAGGAGUCUUAUCAGAUUUAAAAGGACAAUAGUGCAUUGCUAUUUCUCCAUUCCUGGUCUAAACAAUGUGGAAUUAAGUUUAUUGAAGUGAUUUUUUUUAAAUACAGUAGUUGGCUGAUUUUAGUAUUGUUAUUACUAGUAGUAACUAGUAUCCCUGUUUGUGUGACGUGAAUCUGUUUUUCACUUAACGUUCCUGAUCACCAUGUUGUCCUUCUGUCUGUUCUCUGCAUCCAUACUUGCCUGUUUCAUGUCACCAUCACAUUGAAGGUCUACUCCAUAAGGAGAGUUGUUAUUCAGUUGAGUAAUGUUGUUUUCUAGUUCCACCUGCCGAUGAAUAUUACAGAGGGUAAAUAAUCUGUAUGUAUUACCGGUGCAUUUAAAAUGACAUGCACUGUCACUCUGGUUUGGUAACAUGGGACACUGAGUCGUUUGAAUACAGACCACAUCUGUGUGUACAA